CACACAUUUGACAGCCACAUUUCGCCCUCCUGUGUGUGUUUGCUGCUGUUAAAGAUGUGAGAGGUUUGUGACAAGAAGCAACAGGACAUUGUAUGACACAUGUUCACAUAAACAGCAAUUGUUUUCACAUGUUUUAUCAUAAUGCAACAUUUUACCAUAAAUGUAAGUGUUUGCUGGUUGUUGCUGUUAUUACAAAUUUUUUGGAGUGCCCAAAAAAAUGUGUAUGCAAGUUUCCCUAAAAUGGCAGUGACGUUGUAAGCUACAUCCCUUGUUUUUGCCAAAUUCUUGCCACUAUGUCUCAUUUGAAUGACCGUAAACCAAAUCCAGGCAUAGAUAAUAGUGCAUUGAUCAUAUGAGGAGGUUUAAAGGUCGUGCAUUUUAAAUUCCACAGGCUCAGUCCAUUACCACGCAUGAGUCAUUCUGUUGAUAGAGACAAAAUAUAGGAUCCACAGCAAUGCCCAGUGCAUUCCUGAUCAUAUUAGCCUUCUAGGUCUGGGCCUGGAGAGUAGUUGGCUGAAAUCUGCUCUGGAAAACAAAAGGCUGCAUGCCACUGCAUGUAGGCUGUGAAAUGAGGAGAAGGAAGGAGGACGCACGUUAACACACUCGUGUUUAAAUAGAACAGAUGACUGAAAGCAUUUUCUCCGUGUUGCUGUUUUGUCUCGUAUCGUCCUCCUCACGUUUUCCUUCACUUGCUGUCAGUUUACCUGUGCUGAUGGUGUUCGGCUAAGUAAGAUAAGGGAGUAAUAGACCACACAGCGGCGUUAAGUGUUCUGGGAGACAGAGUUUAUUUUGGUGCCGAGGUUUUGCAUACUGAUGAGCAGCUCCUGUGCCCACAGCACCGUAGGAGACUGGGAGUGUGAGUAGGCUACGCAAGUCCUUGAGCUUACCAGCGAGGAGAGGAUGAAAUGGAGAAAGUGGUAUCUGGAGUCUUAUCUGAUUCAAUAAGAGUAAAGAGUGUGUGGAUACCAGAGGAGAUUCUUUGAGCACAUUAAGAGAUUACGUGGUACUGUUUCACUCGCUGAGAAAAAGGUAAAGCGAGCCACUGAAGAAGGCAUGUAUUGGAUAUUAUGGCUUACAGCCGGCACACGCCCAUCAGGAGCCAACAGCUAGCCGCCUCACGCCCUCCUGUAGCUGGACCCCCUCCGCCUGAGCUCCAUGCGCCUCACACAACAUACCUUUUGACUUCAUGAAGAUCCCUGACAUCGGUGAUGUAAUGAAUAAAUUUGAAGUCCUUGGGAUCGUGGGUGAAGGUGCCUAUGGUGUUGUUUUGAAGUGCCGACACAAGGAGACCAAUGAAAUUGUGGCCAUUAAGAAAUUCAAGGACAGUGAAGAAAAUGAGGAGGUUAAAGAAACGACACUACGGGAGCUUAAGAUGCUCCGCACCCUCAAGCAGGAGAACAUUGUUGAGUUGAAAGAGGCCUUCCGCAGAAGAGGAAAGCUAUAUCUUGUCUUUGAGUAUGUGGAGAAGAACAUGCUUGAGCUGCUCGAGGAGUUACCCAACGGUGUGCCGACUGAGAAAGCUCGCAGCUACAUCUACCAGUUAAUCAGAGCAAUUCACUGGUGCCAUAAGCACGACAUAGUUCACCGGGACAUAAAGCCAGAAAACCUUCUCAUCAGCUCUGAUGACGUCCUCAAGUUAUGUGACUUUGGCUUUGCACGUAAUCUCUCUGAGGGGACUGAUGCCAAUUACACCGAGUAUGUUGCCACUAGAUGGUACCGCUCUCCAGAGCUCCUGCUCGGGGCACCUUACGGGAAGGCUGUGGACAUGUGGUCAGUGGGCUGCAUUUUAGGAGAGCUGAGUGACGGGCAGCCUCUGUUCCCCGGAGAGAGUGAGAUUGACCAGCUCUUUACCAUCCAGAAAGUGUUGGGACCCCUGCCACCUGAACAGAUGAAGCUCUUCUAUAACAACCCCCGCUUCCACGGACUGCGGUUCCCUGCUGUGAACCACCCCCAAACCUUGGAGCGAAGAUACCUGGGAAUCAUCGGCGGAGCCCUGCUCGACCUGCUGAAGAACCUGCUACUGCUGAACCCGACAGAGCGCUUUCUCACAGAGCAGAGCCUAAACCACCACGCCUUCCAGACCCUGCGGCUGGUGGAGCGGCCCGGCCCACCCACACCUACACCUGUACGCUCCUCCAAGAGAAAACCUCACCAUGGAGACAACACCACCCCCAGCAGGAGCCAUGGGGGAAAGAGCUCAGGAGGCCACCGUUCCAGCAGCAGAGAGUGCUCUAGCUUGCCUCGGCAUGAAGACCUCCACCCCAGCAACGAUGGCUUUCUCAACGGCAACAUACCUGCAGCGAUCAACCUCAGUCCCACUCUACAUCCCAAGAACUACCAGCCGCAGAUCUACAACCACUCCACCUCGUGCAACAUGGACCUGGCCAGCAGCAACCUGCCUCAUCUGCUCAGCCCUGGCGAAGCCAAGAGCAAAGGUGACUUCGAGAUGAAUCUGGGGCCCAAGGUGUCUGACGGCCCUGGAGCCAAGUACCUCAAAUCCAACUUCCGCUCACAGCAGAACCGCCAUUCUUUUGUGGAGGGGAAGACCAACACGCUUCAGUCAGGGGAGAAACAUAGUCGACACAGCUACAUGGAGUCCCACAGCUCCACGCCCUCCUCCUCCAAGUUCGCCUACCUGAACUUGUCCAAGAGCUAUGGCACGCUUAGCGAUGCCAAGUCAGUAGGGAACUUAAAUGAUGUGCAUCUUUAUGCUGAUGAGCCUACAUCGCGCUAUUUCCCCUCAAGCUGCCUCGACCUCACAGCCCCAAGCAGCCCAGCAGCCCGUCGGGUGGAAAGACUGGGGCCUGGAACAGCUGGCAGAGGAAGCAUGCGCUCUGACAGAGAAAGCAACACUCUGGACUCCUCCUACAGGCGCUCCUCCACCCGCCACAAGGCCUCAGAGGAGGCCAAGUCGCCAGAUGCCCUGGACCCUGUGGAAAGUGGCGUUGAAAGGAGCCAUGCUCACUCUUUGUCUGCGCCACACGACCCUCUGUCGUACGGUCAGGGAUAUACCAGCCCCUUCUCCUCCCAGCAGCGGCCGCACCGCCACUCCAUGUAUGUACGGAGGGACCAUCAGAGGACACACGGGACGGACGAGGGGCUUGUGGUGGGCCAGGGUGUUCCCACCAGAGCCAGCAGCCUCCAGCUCCUGUCUCCGCAGCUGCAGCACCGCACACUGCCUCGCCACUCUGGGGGCUCCUCCAGAGAGGAAGACAUGAGCAGGGUCAGUCAUCAGCCCACAUCAGACCUCUCCAACCUUAAGAGCGAACAGGCACCCACUGAGGUCACCCACAGCAGACCCCCAAUAAGGGACUCCACAAGGGACAACACCGCAUCUUUUCACACACAGCGGCAAAAAAGCGAGGUUGGCUUAUAUCAUGACCAGCAAACAGAAGAUGGGGGCUCUUCCAAAGAGAACCGCAACAUCUACAGUGAAUCCAUGCCUAGGAGGGUGGGCAGCUUCUACAGAGUCCCUUCUCCCCGGCCAGACAACUCCUUCCAUGACAGCAGGGGUCAGAGCCGGGGCUCUGGCCUGUCCGGGGAUGGCACGGGUUUGACGAACCACUCCAAACGUCAGCCGGCAUUCGACCCCUGGACUGGCCCAGAUACUGUAGUGCUGAACCCCUCUGAACCAUCCAAAGAAAAGGAGAAGCAAGGUUUCUUCAGAGCAAUAAAGAAGAAAAAGAAAAAAUCUCAAAUGAUGCCAGUCCCUGAUGGAAGGCCUCCUGUCAUCAAGAAAUGUCUUUUCCCUCUGUUUAGCCCAAAGAAUAACAUAAAGCAUAGUUCCUCUGUGAGAGUCCUCCCUGUAGUGUCCUCUUCCAUGGUUCCUAAUGAAGGGGUGGACACAGUCAUCCAGAAGUCCUCCAGGUCUUCAGGUCACCAGAGCAGCCGCCACAGGACCCGGGACAAGAGUAGAGACCGGGACCAAGAGCGCGACCGAGACAGGGACAAGGACUGGCCACCUGAGAAGCUGUCUGACUCACACUCUCCGAGUCAGCCACUGAAGUCUCUGCGCAAACUCCUGCACCUUUCAUCCUCAUCCUCCAACCAGACCGCGCCGUCUGACAUGCGCUACCAGCCACUGCCUAAUCCAGCCACUGCUCAAGGUGGAUUCACAGAAAGCCGGGGUCACUCAGGGGUUAGCACGCCCCAGCUGAAGAGCCGCCAGACAGCCUACCCGCUGCCCGGACAGCUGGAGUCUGGCUGGCACACGUCCGCCCUGGGCCGCCCAGAGGGCAACCCCUACCCAGAGCAAAUGAGCAUCAAGGGAGGCCAGAACGGCCAUGGCUUCGGACGCCCCUCCAGGUCUCGUAUGCCAAACCUCAACGACCUGAAAGAGACGGCUCUGUGAUCUCCCUCACCCUACAGCUCUCAGAUCCAGACUCCUCCGUUUUCCCCUCUGUUGCUCCUACACGUCCCUUGCGUAACAGUGCACCUGCUGAAUACACACACACACACACACACACACGCGUGAAAAAAUCACAGAUACCAAACCUUCAGUUUGAAACACUGCUUGCAAAUAGGCCAAAAGCCUUUUUAUGUCUUCAUUUUUUUUAAAGCUUCCAUGUUUGAUAGACAUUUAUAUUAUUACUUCUGUAAUUCUAAUUAUAAUUUGUAUUAUAAAGUAAAUAUAUUACAAAUUAAAUAUAUAUAAAUGGAUAGAUAAAGUGUAGAUUUUAAGUGUAAGUAUUUUUGUUUCUAUUCAAUAUAGAAAUAUAGUACAUUUUACUGCGUAGUAUUUCCUUAAGACUAUCUAAGGCAUUCUGAACAAAUAAAGUUUUAUCAGUUGUUACAAUAGAGAUUGGUAAUGUCAGUAACUUUGCAUUGUGUUCAUCUCACCCAGGAUUGUAACUAUUCGUCCCAGCUGUCUUGCUUUGGAUGUGCUCUGUCAUACUGGUUACAGGCGCUCAAUGUGCAACUGCAAGUCAAAGCAGUCCUGUUCUUGAAAAUAUCGCUGUAGUGCAAUUUUUCUAAGUUGCCACUGACAAUCUAUAAAGCUUAAAUCUAUCUGUUCUUUUUUAGGAUAUUUAGGUUUUUAUGUCUUUUGCAGCCAUUUUAGACACUAUGGUGCCAUAAACAGACAGAAAUUCUAACCUACAUCGCCCUCUGUAGGAGAUAAUGAAGCACUGCAUCUACUGCACUAACUAACGUUUAGGCACUGAUUUUCAUGCACAAUAUGUGUAAAUCGUCAUUUUCAUAUAUAUUAUAAACAAAUGUUAUACAAUUAAAACUAUGGUGACACCUCAAUCAUUACAAAGACAACAGACUAUACUGGCGAUCCUGUUGGUAGUAAUGUAAUCUAAAAUGAUUUACCGAAAUGUUUAUUUAUGUAAAAGUGUUAUAACGGAUUACGGUAAUUAUUCAGUAAUAAAACCUUGAUAUGGUGCCAUGCUGCCAACUACAAAGAUACAGUUAAUGGAAAAGGACAUGUGAUGUGAUAACUACCAGGAUUCAAGGAAGUGUGUUUGUUGCUCAUUUCUUACUUACAGAUUUCACAUAAGCAACUUCCAAGUGGUUCUACUUGUUUAAUCAGUUUACACGCACAUCUAAAAUACAAUACAAAGAGUAACUGCUGUAAAAAAAAAUAUUUAUGUAACAUGAAUUGGAAGGUUUUUUUCCCUAAUCAUUGCUUUUAUGUCAUUUUUACAGCAGCUAGAGGAACACAAAAGCCAUUCUGGGUGUACAAGUGCAGUGGUCCCCAACCCUGUAUCUAGACCUCGUUCAUUUGAAUGUAUCAUAAACUGGAUGUUAUUUAACACUGCUGUUAUAUAAGAGUGUGUAUUAUUGCAGUCAUUUUUCAUACAGUUAAACUGUCAGUGUUUGUUUUCGUCAAGUUUGCGUUUGCAUUGCUCCCACUUGGAGUAGCAGGGUGUUUCAACCAUAUCUAGUAUUAGCAGUUUAUCCAUUAACUAUUAUUUGAAAGAUUUAUUCAUUACAUAAGCUAUUUUAACCACGUAUCUAUUAUUUUUAGCUGUUUCAACCAUUUCCCCACUUCUUUUAGCCAACUAUUUCAACUGUUUAUCCAGUACUUUUAGCUGUUCGCCAUUUGUCCAUUACCUUUAUGCUAGCUAUUUCAACUGUUGGUUAGUUAAUUUAACCAUGUCCAGUACCUUCAGCUAACCAUUUGAUCUCUUUAUCCAUCACUUUUAUCUAUUUCAACUGAUACUUUUACUUUUACUUUUACUCACUUUUCACACAUUCUCCAUCACAACACAUAACCAAUAUUCAGGUAUUACAGCUGACGCAAUAUGUGGAAAUUAACAUUCUGUUUUCCCCCACAGUGUUUCUAUGUAAUACCUUACAACUGCAUAAAUACCCUCUCAGCUACAUGUACUCCUGGUUGGGAAUCACUGCACUAGUGUAUUUUUGACUGAUUGUGAGCCGCUUGGGACAAGCCUUUGAGAAAUCUUAAUAUGGAACCACAUUGGGGGCAGAGGCUCUGUACUGUAACAUUGUUUUCUGUCUGGGAUAAAGUGCCAUGGAAGUAGCUUGGCAGAAAUAAAUCCUAAGCUUUUUAAUGUUGCACUUUGAAGAGACUGUGUGGCUCAGCAAUAUUGCUCUGACUCUGUAAAUUCUUCCUCGAUUCAUGUUCAUUAUGUGCACAGUGUGUGAAGACUGAAACACGGGGCCUGAGGCUCCCACAGUCACACACUGAGUCCAAACAUGACCGUAUCGUAUUGUGUAUUGUGCCUCUGUAAGGACUGUGCACACUCUGUAUUUGACACAAUACAUUUCUCUCUUUGGAUUAUUGUUUUGCUGAAGGAGCACUGUGUAUUAUAUUAAUACUGAUGUGUGACUACUUGUUUGGUAAUAUUUAUAACAGAAGAUGUUUAUCAACUGUUUAAAUGAAAUCAAGUAUUACGUUUGUGCUUUUAUUACAGACACAAAUUAGUAGCAUAGUCAGUGUUUAUCUGCUUUUUUUUCAACAGAGCAUUUACAUGAGAACAUAAACCCACAAAUGAAUGCUUAACAAUUUUAGAAUAUUCAUGUUUACAUAUGUAACAGUAAAUCUCAAAUAAAACAAACUCAUUUGAUUCGA